AAAAUAUCAGAACACAAUUUUAAUCUAAAAUGAUUAUAAAACCUGAGAUCUCAGAGUGGAAGAGGAGAAAGAGCAGAAUCACAAACUUGUAGAUCAAGAAAAAAAUAAACUCAGUAUCUCAUCAGAAAAGUCAUCAAAUUUCUUUCAGAUUUGGAGAUGGUGGCAAAGCGCUUACUCUUCUUCCUCGUUGUAAUCAUUUCCUUCAGCGUAGUCAUCUCCCUCUGCAUGAUCCUUACACAUUUUCAUAUAUCAUACUACCCUUUCGCUCUUGCUACUGGAUUUAUUUCGUCUUCCUAUUCUAUCUUUAUGAGCUGCAGAGCCUGUAAAAAGAAAAAAAAAAGGAGUGAAGAGCAAGAUGAUAUUUUAAACCUACCAAGGUUGCCCAAUAGAUUUUCUUUUAAGGAUUUGAAAAUUGCAACCGAAAACUUUGGCCAUAAGCUUGGACAAGGAGGAUUUGGGUCUGUGUUCGAGGGGAAGCUUGCCGAAAAUACCAAGGUUGCUGUAAAGAAGCUGGAAAUGGAAAUUGGACAGGGAAGGACAGAAUUCUUGGCAGAAGUGGAAACAAUUGGCAGCCAUCACAUCAAUGUUGUGAGGCUAAUUGGAUUUUGUGCAGAAAAAUCACAUAGACUUCUUGUUUUCGAGUUCAUGAAAAAUGGGUCUUUGGACAAAUGGUUCUUUGGCAAAACUCCUGAUACAGUUCUUGAUUGGCAAACAAAAGUAAAGAUCAUCAUUGACAUAGCAAAGGGCCUCUCAUAUCUCCACGAAGACUGCAGGCAGAGAAUUGCUCAUUUAGACAUCAAAACUCAGAACAUCCUUCUCGAUAAAAAUUUCAAUGCAAAGGUUGCAGAUUUCGGCCUUGCAAAGCUGAUUGAUCGUGAUCAACGUGAAUUAAAUACAAGAAUGAGAGGAGCGAUUGGGUAUUUAGCUCCUGAAUGGUUGACAUCUGCAAUCACCGAAAAGGCUGAUGUGUUCAGCUUCGGAAUUGUGGUCAUGGAAAUGGUGUGUGGAAGGAAGAAUUUGGAACAUUCUCAGCCUGAAGGUGGUGCACGUUUGAUUUCUCUUUUGCAGGAGAAAGUGAAGAUUGAUCGGCUCUUAGACAUGAUUGAUAGAAACAAAAUUGAUAUACAGUUGCAUGGAGAAAACGUUGUAGAGAUGAUGAGGCUUGCAAUAUGGUGUUUGCAGACUAACAGCUGUAAAAGGCCUUCCAUGUCAACGGUGGUUAAAGUUUUAGAGGGAAACUUGAGCAUGGAGACUGUUCUUGACUACAACUUCUUCACCUCUGCCACACUGAAUGCUAAUGAUCAUAUUUACAUAGCUAUUUCUAGUGAGAUAAAUAACUCCCAUCUUUCAGGACCCAGAUAAUAGCUUUGUUCUAGAACAGAUUAGUGAUGUUGGAUGAUAUUAUUGCAUUGCAUAAAGGCAUGUCCUAUAAUCAUGACUUGUAAAGAUAACUAUCAAUUUUAUUGUAACAGUUAUCAAUAGUUAAUCUUUUAGUAGCAAUCCUGGAAAA